AGACUUCCCUCACUCAAAGUGCAUCUGAAUCCCUACAUAAAGAAGCUUCAAGAGUCUUUUCAAGAAGAGGAGAAUUGAAGACACUCAUUUGAGUCAAAAAUGAGAUUACCAAAGAAGCUAUAAACCUUAUAAAACUGCUGAGCAUCCACAGAAAGAGUUGUCCAGAAAAAGACCUGGAUUUCAGUAGCCUUGUAGUUGAGAUUUUCCUCAGAGGAAAAGAUGAACGCUUGAGACUUAGACUUGGAGAGAUCGUUAAGCUAGCACUUAAUGAGCUUAAAGGCUACUUUAGAGAUUUCUGACAACUCUUCAGGAAUGAUGAAAGUCAGGAUAUCCGAAACUGUGCCCUAGAAAUCUUGAUCGAGUAUUCUCUACAAGUCGACCAUUCUGUUAGCCUUACUGUAUUUGAGAUGGUUUGCAUGUACAUUAGGUCUAUUAAUCAUGAUGAAAGACUCUUUGCAACUAAGUGCCUUGUCAAAUUCAAAAAUCUAAGAAGAGAUGUAAUUGAGAAAAUGUUCGAAAGACAAGUCUUUGCUAAAGCUAAAGAGGGCGUGGAUAACAAACUAGCAGUCAAGAAAGCCAAAGGAAGACUGGCUUAUAACUAUGAGCAUUGAACAUUUGAAGAAGAGCCAUAUACUGGAAUCUUCUUUGCUUUAAGUCAAGAUGAAAAAUAUGAGAUACGAUUGCAAUCGAUAGAAGCUUUGAAGUAUUUUAGCUCAAAGUGCCAAUCUAUUCAAGAUAAAGUCAAAAAUAUUCUGAUGAAUAUGCUCAAUGAUGAAAUUGAUGAAGUUAGAAUAGCUUCACUACAAUGAAUGUCUGUCUUUAAUAACGCCUUAAUUCUCGAUAAAAACAGCGUAAAUAUUGUGGUAUUUAAUCUGAAAGAGCAUAACUCUGAGCUUAGACAUUCGAUUUACUCAUUCUUCGGCCAUAUUCAAGUCGAAAAUUGGCAUACCUUCAAUCUCUUGAUGGAUCACCUUCUCCUUAAUAUCAGCAAAUUCAAGAUGGAUAAACUAGGAAUUUACCAUACAUUCAAAAGAUUGGGUGAUAAUCACAGUGAAAUAGUAUACAAUAACCUUGAGAAGAUCCUUGGUCAUAACCUGAAAUUUAAAAUGGAAGAGCCUCAUUGGGAUGAUGUGAAGCAUACUGCAAAAAUGAUCAUGAUCUGAAACUCUAUUAAUAUCAAGAAAGAGAUUCUCUCAAAAGUUCCUUGGUAUUUUGACAAGCAAUGGUCUUUCUACAGUAAUAAAUACCCUGAGCUUGUAACUUGAUUCAAUCAUGAGCAAAAGAAUCUUAGCCUGACUUAUCUAAAGCUUAAGGAGCUAAAAAUUGAUAGUGGAAAGACACUUGUAUCAAAAUAUCGUUUGAAUCAAUACAAAGAGCUCAGGAUUCUUCUUCAUAACAUCUGGGAUGGAUCUGUGGUCAGAUAUGACUUUGAAAGCCUAUUUCAAACUUCCCAUCACUAUGAUGAUCCCUUUGUAGAAUUUAUCCCUUGAUUGGCGAAAACUUUAUAUUACUUCAGCCUUAAAGACUAUUUAAAUUUCUUGAAAAAUUUCUCAAUUCUACUAAACAGUUUUGAAAUUGACCAAGAACAUGCAAACAAAAUACCCUUGAAGCAAUCAAGAGAUGUGCAUAAUUUAUUCAGAAAUUUAGAUAACCGAGAGGUGUGAGACACUAUUCCUCUCAGCUCGAUUGCAACCUAUGUCAUUUACAAGAUGCAUCUUUCUGAUAUCUUGAAGGGAUUCCCUGAUCUUUCCGAACCUCUCAACGAGGAGAACAAGCUAGAAGAUCUAGACCAAAACAAGGUGUACAUCCCAAAGCUAAGAAAAAUUAGCGAUGUCAAUAUCAUAAAGCCGAUGAACAAAAUUGCCAGGAUCGAGGUCCUAAAAGAAGACUCUCCUAUGAACUUCAAAAUCGUUUUUACAAUAAAAGGACUUGCUGAAGCUUGCUCGGACACCCUUCACUCAAAAUCUAACUAUUAUGUAACUAUUCAGAACCCAAAUGGAAAAUUAAAGAGUUGAUUGAUCUCCCAGGAAGAUAUAAAUAAGGCUAAGAACUUAAGAAAGAUCUCAGAGAUUGAUAACUCUUACUAUGAUGACCCUUCUGAACUGAAGUUUGAAAAAUAAGAUUAUGGUAAUUCUUGAAAAGGAUCCUCAAAAAGAAAUCAAAAAGUCACAUCCAAAGCAUUCCAAAACCAUCGAAAUCGAAGAAUUGCCAGUAUUUAUAACCAAAGACACUGAACUAACGACCUUAGUCCCCCUAUCAAGCCUGGCAUGCCUCAAACUUGGCUCCUCUAAGGAAGAAAUAUGGCUGAAAUUACUAAAAUACGGUCUAUAUCCUCUAAGCACAUCAUAAACAUUCA